AUGACAAUGCUACUCAGAGAUUCCAACUGCCCCGCCACCCCAAUAAUGCACGAUUCCAACAACACGUUCGUGUCAGCUGUACCAACCGUUGUCCAGGGGGCGCCGCGCCGAAUCAUCCGAUUGCCGUCGGGCUACCAGCUACCGAGACCCCCUCGACUCGGGCACCGCGUUCGAGCCGCCGCGGCUGCGUACAACAUUCACUUGCAUCACGACAUUCCACAAGCCAUCGCGUCGCGUCCAGUGUUUCCUCACACCCACGCCAGCGCAGUCCCCUCGACAUUGCAACACAAACCUGCUCAUGACUCCACUGCGGUUCACACACCCAAGGCUCUGCCUCAAGGGACGACCCACUACAUCCAAAUGCCUCAAGACUCGCAACCUCAAUCUCAACGAAAGCCAUCGACAAUGAUAGCUCUUCGUUUGCGCAUGCUGGCACAGGUUCUUCAUCACACGUGGCGCCAUUCCCCCCUCUUUGUCCUAUGGUGGGUGGUCUACGCCGCACUGUCCGUUGGAGCGUUCAUGUGGAAGUUUAUGAGCUAUCGCCACAACGCUGGCAUGUUCAACCUGGCAGGGUAUGCGAUUUGCUUUGCCCGGGGGUCGGCCGAAGUCGUGCUUUUCAACGGGUUUCUGCUGCUAUGGCCUGUGAUGACACGUGUGCAGUACUGGCUGUGGACGUUGUGGCCAGGGCUAGCUCGUUGUUUGCACAUGGAACACCGAGUGACGUGUCAUAUUGUGUACGGAUGCAUGUACUACCUGGGGGGGUACGUCCACGUAAUCGCGCACCUCGUCAACGUGCUGAUUCGAGUGCCCAUGGCAUGCGAAACCACAUGGAGCGACUCGAUGUUGGCCAACGUGACGGACUUUGCGCACGGCCCCAAGCCAGACGCCGUCCGCGUGCUCUUUCAAACGGCAACCGGCCUCACGGGGGUCGCCAUGCUCGUGUGCAGCCUCGUCGCCCCGUACUGCAAAUUCCAGUACCGCCAGUCCAAAGCUGUGUAUUGGAACAAGUGGGGGCACAUCUGUGACGGGGUUAUGUUUGGAAUAACAUUCGCUCAUGGGAUGCAGCAUUGGCUGGAACAAGCCCAAGCGUUUCCCAUCAUGGGUCCCCCUCUCGCCAUCUAUUUGGUCGUGGAAGUCGCGCCCAGGUACUUUUGUACACGUCGCAACGCUGUCACGCACUUCACCAAGACCCAAGACACUGUCACAUUGCACAUUCCAACGACCCAGCGGUUUGCCAACGCCCUCCCGGGGACGUUCUUGCGCCUUCAAGUACCCGUGGUGAGUCCCUUCGAGUGGCAUCCGUUUAGCAUCACGUCCCACAACGACACGGAAGUGACGGUGCAGAUUCAAGUUUCUGGUGACUGGACGAGUCGGCUGCAUGACAUUGUGUACCCACAUUUGAUGGUUCGCAUCGAUGGCCCCAUCCCAGCGCCCGCCGUCGAAGUGAGUCAGUACAAGGUGGCUGUGCUCAUUGGCGCAGGCAUCGGCAUCACCCCCUACAUGUCCACCUUACACCAGCGAGCGACGUCAGCUGUGGCGACCCAUGACUGCACACCCCAACACCAACAACAACUGUAUGUGCAUUGGCAAACCAACCGACAAGCGUUAUUCGGCACGCACGGCGACUUGCUCGAACGCGUGGCGUGGCUCGAUGGUGUCGAUGUCCAACUGCACUUGACAGGGGACUGCACCAAGGCGACCCCGGACGACUUGAACGUGCUCAAGACGGCCCAAACCCUUAUCCACGACCAAGAGGCCGUGGACAUCAUCUCGGGGCUGCGGCUGCCCAAAACCACCGAUUUGGGUCGACCUGACUUCCAUGCGAUUCUGCAGCAAGUUGCAGCGAAACAUCCGAAUGAUACCAUUGGCGUGUUCUUCUGCGGCCCGCCAGCGUUGCAGACGCUCGUUCGACAAGUGCUGUGGCAAGUCGAACGUGAAAGCCAACAAGAAGGCCACCCUGUGGUCAUGCCUUUUCACCCAGAGGUGUUUUGA